UCUUGAACAUAAACAAUGCCGUUCACCCUGUUGCAUCAUAGGGUUGCAUGUAGGCCCUACUGAAGUAGUUUUUGUGCGUGUUGAUUUUAUUCCGAUGCUUAGCAAUGUUAUAAAUUGUAAAUUAUGAGGCUUGUUGUGCUUCUUGAGUUCGGGAUACUUUCUUAUCUUGUGAAUGUGAGCUCGCAACAAAGCAUAGGCAAAGUACACAUAGGCUACCCUGCUCAUCUAAAUCAAGCUGUUGCCGACCCAGAAGUAUACAGAUUUCGAGAGAAUGAUCUCACAGGGAUCAUACCGGUAUUCGUUAAUACGAUUAAUUCCAAGGCAGCUGAGACCGACGACGUUAACGUGACGUGCAUUUUGAUCCCGGACUCUGCCGUAGGUUAUGCGUUAGUUAGAUUCGGAGGCGUUGUAGUGAGUGGCAGUGUAGGGCAUGGAGAAGUUCCACUGGACAUCCUGGGACCUGGACGAGAAGUAGCGGUGACAUGCAGCGGAGAGUCCUCCGUGUACAACCUUACAUCAGGUCGACAGUUUGAAUACAACACCUCCACAAGUUCGGCCAGGGAACUUGUGGUAUCCGGAGCAGCUACCGUACAAAUCUGCGGAGAGGUCGUUCUCGUCCCACCAGUUGUCGGAAAGUUUGACACUUUCAGAUUGAGCUUCUCAGAUGUGCUAGAGAGUUCAGUGAAGAUAUUCUGCUCAGCUGUUCAAGACCAGGGUGGAUCCAAUAUGGAGUUGGAGUUCACCAGCCCUGAAGUAGCAUCUGGAGUACACGAGGCAUCUAUCAGUUAUAGGUUGCUGUCACCAGGGGUCUCCACUUACGUUAUCUGUGUGGGCCAGUCAGUCAGUGGUGACCAGUACUUGAACAGUACAUCUGGGCGAGAAGCAGUGAGCUUUGUGCUUGAUGUUGGUGAUAUCGCAAUCAUUCCUAGCCUAGCCACAGUGAGAACAACAUCUUUUGACGCGUUCCUCAUCCUGGACGCACCCGUCGCGGACGAUGGACCGGGUGACGUGACGUUCCAGUGCAGGGUCGAGCAGAUGGACGAUGCACACGAAGCUAUCGCCGCCAGAGAUAGCGCACGCUGUCAGCUUCCCUCCUCCGCUCCAGCUGCAGUCGCCUCACGAGCAGAUGACGCAGGUGAAGUAAUGACAGAAGGUCUUCCUGAAGCACCAACGUCAACAGCAGCUGACCACAACAUCGAGAAACGACAAGUUACUGCAAGUACAAGUACAAGUACAAGUGUUCCUGUUACAGCAACAACAGGCACAGUAACAUUAGGUGCAGCCGAAGGCCUUACUAAUGAACCCAACGUCGAGCCCUCUAGCACUGAAGUUACGGGUGUGACCUUAGGGGAAAUUGGUACAACGAGCGAGCCACAGGGGCAAUUAGACUCAUCUGUUGAAAUAGCGUUAACCGAUGAAUCAGAAACGGUGACAGGAGGUGACGACAUCAGUGGAAUAGAUAAAACUCCGAUUCAACAGUCUAAUGUAACCAGUGCAAGCACUGCAAAUGUCACAACUACAGAACAGCCCAAUGUAGCCACUACAAGCACAGCAAGUGACAGCAUGACACAGAAAACAAAUUUGACCAGUCCAAGCCCAGCAAAUGGCACAACUACAGAACAGCCCAAUGUAACCACUACAAGCACAGCAAAUGACAGCACGACACAGGAAACUAACGUGACCAGUCUAAGUACAGCAAACGACACAACCAUGGAGGAAGCCAACGCGUCUGUUGCAAGCACAGGGACUGACAACACUACACUGUCACACGUUGCUGUGAACGGCCCAACCUCCAUCGCACUGCAGCCAGAUACUGACAUGCCAGUGGAACCAUGGGAGCUAGAAAGGGAGACCCUUGUACUGACGGAAGGCGAUUUGUUUCGGAAGCUGGCAUUGAGGCGCAGUUCGUACCCCGCGCUGCCGGUCAUUGAGUACCUACUGGUCACCUGCUGCGCCACACCGGACACCAACCAGAACCCCAAGUAUACGAACAGGUCGGCAGCGGCGUUCGUCGUCGCUGAUCUGCAGAGCGCCGUCGUCGUGAACUGGACGAGCGCCGCGGACGUGCUCGACGAGGAUCGAGAGACGGAGAUGGAGAAGGCUGAGUACGUGGAGGUGGCACCGUGUGUGUGUGACCUCAGUGCCGGACACUGCGACACCAACUGCUGCUGCGAUACGGACUGCCGGGCAGGGUCCAUCGCGUCGUUUCACUGCAAGGAAGGACUGCCAGGUGGACAGCCAGCAGCGCCGUACACGUACAACUGUAGUUCAACACAUUUCGACAGGGCUGGCUGGUUUCCUGCCCUAUGUGUGCAGAAAUCCAACACUCCCUACCUGGGCGAAUAUUAUCCUACUUUACCUGCACUGUUCACAGAGACAAGGUAA